GCUGCUGCCAAGCUCCCUGGGUCUCCCCCACCAGCUCCGAAGGCACCUCCCGGGAAAGAGGAAAUUUUGCCUUCUGCAGAACGGAUGGAGACCUGCCCGGAAGCGCCAUGAACUGCCGGCCGUAAGCCCUGCCUUGCGCCUUGGAGGGGACCGACUCUCCAUUGUGGAGGGCCCGCAGGAACCACCACAGGGCGGAGGAGAGGGAUUUGCUGCUGCUGCUGUGGCUGCUCACCGGGUCCAGCCCUGGCAGCGCUCGCCAUAAGGGAGAUGGGGUCCCCCCACCGGAGGAGGCGUAAAGCUCGGAGCUAGGCCCUGCUUUGGCUCACUGCAGCCAUGCCACUGCCCGCCCCCAGCGGCAACAUGGAGGACUCGCAGCUGGACAGCAAGGCCUGCCCCCGUAACAACGUGGGCGACUGGCGGCUGAUGAACGACGACUCGCGGAGCCGAAGGAACUCCAUCCCCCCAGCGAAGACUCCCACAGCCAAGCACAUGUUGGCUUACCUCCCGCGCCACCCCACAGACACAAGCAGAUAUGGGACCUUUCCUCAGAAGCCUGAAAUGGUGGCGGUUCCUGUGGGUCCCCUAGAUGACAGCUACCAGCAACCGGAAACCACAACCGCAAAGAAAAGUGCCCUAACAUGCAACUACGUCCCUGUAUCCUGCAGCUCCAACAUACCCAACGACAGGUCAGUCCUUUUCCAGAGGGCCUACAGCACAGCGGAGCCGACCCCUUACGGCGCAGCCAUGCCAACCAAACACAGGCCCAGCGUCUCCAUCAAUACAGACGAGUUGCCCAAAUACCACCGGCCCUCCAAAACUGAACCAUCUCCAUCCACCCUGUGGCGGGACCUCAAUACCCGGUUUUAUCCGCAGCACGCUCUCAGCUCGCCCAACAUCAUCAACUCCGCACGGAGCAAAACCCCGACUCGCAGUGUCGUUUCAGUCCCCACGUCGGAAAAAGGGCAGAACCGGCGCUGCAAACUCAUGGACGAUGACCGGCAGUUUGGUCUGGGUAACAAGCAGCAGCGGCAGCGGUACGUAACCAAGAUGGGCAAGUGCCAGGUGAAUUUGGGCAAUAUCCAGGAAAAGAAGCGGUUCCUGUCUGACAUCUUCACCACCAUUGUGGAUCUCAAGUAUCGCUGGUUCCUCUUCGUCUUCAGCAUGUGCUACGUCAUCACCUGGGUGGUCUUUGGGAUUAUAUAUUAUUUUGAUGCCUGGGUGAGGGACGACGUCAGCCACAUCGGGGACCCCGAGUGGGGGGCUUGCAUUGAGAACAUCGACAGUUUCAUUUCUGCCUUACUGUUUUCUGUGGAAAGUCAACGGACUAUUGGCUACGGCUCGCGGAUCGUGACGGCCAAUUGCACGGAGGGGGUCAUUUUGCUCAUGGUGCAGUCCAUCAUCGGUUCCAUGAUUGACGCCCUGAUGGUGGGGUGCAUGUUCGUGAAGAUCUCCAGACCCAAGAAGCGCGCGCAGACCUUAAUCUUCAGCAAGAAGUGCGUCAUCUCUCACCGGGAUGAGAAACUGUGCUUGAUGUUCCGCAUCGGAGACCUGCGGGAUAGUCACAUGGUGGAUGCAAAGAUAAGAGCCAAACUGAUCAAGUCCAGGCAGACGAAGGAAGGAGAGUUCAUCCCGUUGGAGCAGUCGGAGCUGAACCUGGGCUAUGACACGGGGGAGGACCGCCUCUUCCUGGUCGAGCCACAGAUCAUUUGCCACAUCAUCAAUGACCUGAGCCCUUUCUGGGAGAUGUCUGCAGAAGCUCUGAAGAGGGAGCAGUUUGAGAUCAUCGUCAUUCUUGAAGGCAUCGUGGAAGCCACAGGGAUGACGUGUCAAGCCCGUACGUCGUACACUGAUGAUGAAAUCCUAUGGGGCCAUCGCUUUGAGCCCUGUAUGUCUCUGGAGAAAGGCGCCUUCCGUGUAGAUUACACUCGGUUUGAGAAGACCUUUGAAGUCCAAACCCCCCUAACCAGUGCACGGGAAAUGUAUGAGUUGAUAGCGAUGGAGACCCAGGACCAAUCGACACUCAGCUUGUACUGGGAUCAUCUGUUGCACCCUUGCCUUUCAACAGAGCUCAACAGCGACCCCCGGCAUGGGGACGGUCCCAGCGAGGAGGGCCUCUCCAAGCUCUACUUCGCCAACAUCAGCGAGGAGAGAAGCUAUGAGGACCCGAACCAGGAGGCCAACAUUUAAGCCACCUCGAGCAACGGCUUCAGGUUUCUACCCAACUCAACAGCAAUAAAGAAGAGCCAGAUAACCGUGAGGUUGGUGAAAAGGUGCACAUCCUCUCGAAACAUCCUGCUUCCUCAUGCAGCGGGUAUAUUAAGCUCCCUGCUGGCCCUGUGUGGACAGGUAAGCUGUCUCGCUCACGAGGGAUGUACAAAGCCAAAGUACAGAAAUUCCCUUGUCCUACUACUAAAUGAUUUUGGGAGAUCCUUCACAUCCUUCUUUGCAUGCCGAGUCAAUCAUACUGUCCAAUGCAAACAAAAGCCAGCCACCACUCUAAAGUGUUACAGUGGAGCUGUCUCUGGCAAGCGGAAUCCACACCAGGAACCAAGCAAGCGGAUGGCUGACGAAAUGCCGAUUUCUGAGGAGUGGGAUAUGCCAUUUGUCACAUUUUUCAAGAAAUGUCGUUCAGUUUUCCAAGUGCGUGCCAGACCUGGGAGCUUGUGGAUUGAUCUGAAAUGUUUGCUUUGCAAGAAGCUGGUGGAAGAAAAAAUGGGUAGCCCUCACCAAUUGUCUGGAGCCCACGGAAUCCUCUGGCUGCCCCUCGUUACUAUGCCAUGUACUGUAGGUGCCUGGUGCCUCUGUGCCCCCUCCCCCAUCACAGCUUCCGGCACAAAAAGUGGAAGUGUCUCGUCUUAUUACAGUGCCAUACAGAACUCUGGGUGGAUGUUGCUCCCUAUCUCCCCCCACCCCCCUUCCCAUGUAUAGCUGACUCUUCCUUCCGUUUUGCCUUUAGCUCCUGAACUCAUCUUCUGGUGUCUGUGCUGUGGUUGCAGCUAAGUGGGAUUAUGUCUACACAAAGCCAUGUAGCAAGGACUUGGGGGAAAGGGAAGGGCAUCCACAAGCAAAUAAAAUAUUUGUUUUGAACAG